CUAAACAAUUAUCAGCCUUCCCUAUAGACUCUUCUCGCACUUCAAUGCAUCGCCAGACUCUUCUUUGGCGAUAGCGAUUCUCACGUUCUUUCUAUGCUUUUCCUAGGAAAUUAAUUAACCCUCUACGUCCAUCCACUCAACCGCCGUUUAAUCGACCCUCCAUUACCCCAAAAUGUCCAUCUCCGCAUCAGAUUCCUAUAUGCAUGCCUCCUCCCACACUCAAGAUGACGAACUCCACGAGUUAGAUUCUCUGCCUUCCUCUGUCGAUAGUUCAGAUUAUGCCUCUUCAGACGAUGUAGAAGAAUCCGAUGCACAGAAAGAAUGGGAAGCCAGUUUGCAGCAGUUGGAAAUGAUGCUUACGAUGGUGAUUGUACCAUGGUGUGGGAAAUACUUUGGAAGGAAAUUUGCUUAUUGGAGUUGGGCAAAGUACAUGACGUGGAAGUAUCCAGUCACUGUCGAAAUAACCAGUAACCCUACCUUUAAGGGUGCCGGAGCUAUCGAAGCCGCAGCUACGUUAUGAGUAACCCAGGAGUUUGAGUAAUUUGUGAGCUAGCGACCUUAACGCCUGCGAAUGCGAAGCCAGUCAAUACCAGAGGGGAUAUAUUUACGAAUGCAAGUCGCAGAUUCGAGAAAGACUUUCUUGUGAAGUUAUGGACAAAAAGCUCGUGGGCAAGUGAACAUGUGGACUGGGGCAAUAUCAGACACCAUCCAUCAGACGUUUCACGCAAUAAGAAAGUUCUUUGGUAUAUCAUAAGGGAUAUGUUCAGUUACAGCGAGCAUGGCAUUGGGAUUGGCGUUUAUAGAUGAUGUAUAUGGGGUAUAUUGCCGAUAUGUGGUACAUCGGCUGGGUACACUGCAUAAAGAGGGUCGCUUGAGGACAAGCAGGAAGUGUAUAUGAUUUAGUUCACUCAGUACAUAUGGUAAUGCAUCUACACAUUUUUCAGAAGUGGUUUUUUUCCCCAAGAAAAUCCAACGAAGUAGUCGCACCUUUUGAUUGAUGGUUCGUUUGAAA